AUGUCCCUAACGUUUGACCCCGAUGAUGAUGCCGUACCAGACUCCAAAUGGGGCGCGGUGUACCUGUCAACACGAGACGCUUCAUCAGUGGUUCCGAUCAAUUUCAUCACUCAUCCGGCAGUCUCUCUGACAAAAGCGUGCUUCGCCGAUGGAGUCUACGAUGAUAUCCCGGCGCAAACCUGCAUUUCUAACCUGUUAGCGCUUGAAUUCCACCGCCUUGUCAUCGAUGUAUAUUGGGAUACUAUCAACCGACAGUUCAAUCUAUGCCCUGUUGAACUGCCCCCCCUGUCCGGGAAUGCUACGAGUGGCAUAAGUAUCGAUGUGUCUGCACUGAGCUCACUAACUGCUACAACUUCCUCCACCGAUUCAGCUUCGAAUCCUAGCGACACUCCCAACGGCAAUGGCUCCUUUCUUAUUAAACGCCAGUCAGAUAUAUCGAAUACUACAACCACGCCAACAACUAGUCUAGCACCUAGUAUCACAGCCACCAUGCCCACAUCUAUCCCAACCACUACCGGGGUCGAUGGCUCUACGCUGCUCGAACUUGGCUCCUACACAUGCAGUCUGGAUCUGACUUUGGAUUCAAUCAUCUCGUUGUACGGGUCAUAUUUCCAAAAUACAUCUGAUACGGUUUCAGUACGGCUAGCACUUUUGGAUAUAAAUUUGCAUGCGGCCGCCCCUUUUACUUCCCCAUCAAAUCCCGCCCUUACAUCUACCGGUGCACAUUUACCUCGAUUUGAAGAACUGAUUGGAACGCAACUAGAAGCAGCGUUUCCAAGAGCACUCUACACCCCGGAAAUGCUGCAGGCUGAUCGAUUCGAUCUGGGUAAAUCCUGGUACCGCGAUUCUUACAGCAUGGGCACUGAAACAACUUAUUUCAAAGUACAAAGAGGCGUGGACAACAUUGCUCAAACCCCCGACGGCUGGCCUGGAGAGUCAUGGAUUCUCCUCACUGAUAAUAGACGUCUACUCGUGGGCUGGGGCCAGAUUGACCCACAGAUGCAGGGCUAUGAUUUCCGAAGGGACUCUAGACGAGUGUUUCCUAGUGGCUAUAUCAAUGCAAACUCAUCGACAAUCAUCAAUGCCGAUAGUGGCAUCGGCUCUACAUGUUUCUAUCAACCCGAUGUAUUCUCGAUAGCUCGAGACAAUUCAUCUUGGGCAAUUGCGACAAUCAACCAGUCCACCAUGGACCCCUUGUCCGAUAUCAUCAGCAAUGCUACUCGUUGUGGGAUCUCUACCAUGUUGAACACUACUCUUACAGGGUCAGCCUUGCUAAGUAACCUCCAACCGUACCGGGACUUCGCUAGAGCUGCAGUAUUCGGAUGGGCAAGAGGAGAACCCCGAAACGCUUCAGCUCCAGAUUUUAAUGCCGAGGGGGCUGAUGAUCAGUAUAGGUGCGCGGUUAUUGACUCUACCAGCGGAUACUUGGGCCACUGGCGAGUAGAAGACUGCCAGCAGAAGCGGUACGCAGCGUGUCGGAUAUCAGGACAGCCAUUUCUCUGGCGCCUUUCCCAGAUGGAGGUAUCUUUUGGAGCCGCGACGGAAAGUUGUCCUAAUGACACACGCUUUGAUCUUCCCAGAACUGGGCUUGAGAACACGUAUUUAUACGAGAAAAUCCUGAACGACUCGCGAUCGGCCGAGGGCAAUGAGGCAGAGCUGAAGAUGAAAGGCGUCUGGAUCAACUUCAACUCUUUGGAUGUUGAGGACUGCUGGACUUCAGAAGGCCCAAAUGCGACAUGUCCAUACACGGACAAUGGGGAGGAAAUGAGGCAGAGAAAUGUCCUGAUCCCUACCAUUGCCGCACUGAUCGUGCUGAUCCUCACUGUGUUGACUCUGCUGGUCAAGUGCAACGAGAACCGGAGGAAUAGUCGGACCCGACGACGGGGAGAUAAUGGAUGGGACUACGAAGGGGUACCCUCGUAA